CGAUUGACUUGAAGAAGAACGUGCUUCUAAUAGGCACCACGGGCACUGAAACUCGUUUCCUGUCCGAGGCGGAGCUGCCGGAGUGUGCCCGACUGGCAUACGGAACAGAGGGGCGUGAAGACGCCCGUCCAGAUGAGCUCGCUGACAGGGAACUGGCAGAGGCACUUCAGAGGUCCAUACAAGAAAGUGCAGGACAGCACUGAUGCAUUUGGAGACAGCUGGAGAGGGCCCUACCAACCAGACACUGCAGAUGGACAAACUACCUCACCACAGCCCCCACCAUUUACAUUACCCAGAACCUUAGACCAAAUGUCCUCAUCCAACCCCCCCUCCCAAAGCCCUUCCUCUAGCCAGUCCCAAACCGUGGACCGGUCUCUGUCUGCCCCUGCCGCCAUGGAGCAGGCCUCGGCACCAGGGCAGAGCCAGGUCAAACCUGGCUUUCAGGAGCUUCGUCACCCUUCGUCCCCCGCAGAGGCUGUUGGUUCUAUAACUCAUCAGGUCCAUCCUCACCCUCAAACUGUCCAUAGCAAUUCAGAAGUGUCCCGGGUACCCAGUUCCUCAAACGAUAUCCUCCCUAAACACACCCCUCCUGCAGACAUGACUACGUCUGCCCAGUAUCCAGAGGGCGAGGCACUUUGUACAACCACAGAGGGUGAUGCUGAACCAUUUGAGGUACUGAACAGCUCGAUGCUCCCCCAGCCAGAGGAACUUUCCCCCAUUCAACCCAUGGAGCAGGAGAUGAUCGAGUCUCACACAGCUAAUACCACUGAAACCUGUCUGAGCGCUCCGAGCCAACCUGACUCGAUUGAAAUGGAGUCCCCCACUGCCUCCCAAGGCGAGGUGGCCUCCGAGAUGGACCAGGCUGAAGGAGAGCGCUGCUCGAGCUCCGACAGCAUCCCCUCGCUGGCAGCCGCUCUGAUGGAACUCCAUGAACUGCUGGUAACCAACAGCUGUGCUCAGUCCCAAAAUCGCAGCACCUCCUGCUCCCCCUCUCACCCAUUCAAACAGGACACCGGCGAAUUGGCCACUGAGCCACGCACCCCAACACCUGAAAACACCCAGCCUACCCCCUCUACUGCCAUUACAUCCGGUGCAGAACUAAGCGAUGCCAAAGCCAACCAUGCUGCUGCUGUGUCUGAUGAGGGAUCAUCUAAGUGUCUUGUGCCUGACCUCUCUGGCCAGGAUGAGCAUCUUGGCGUAGAUGCAGCGGAGACUGUGGAGGAGCAAGAGCCUCCGCAUCAUCCAGAUGGCUCUGGGGAGAGUAGGGCAGAUGGAUGUGGGAUAGAUGAAGCAAGUGUCAUCAGCAUUUCUCAACCUGAGCCAGAGACUCCUCCUGAUCCUUCAGGGGACCUGGAGAUCAGGGAACCUCCUGAGGGGCAGCAGGGAAGAGCUGCAGGUGGACAAGCCUCUGGCACCAACACCCCAGACACUCUCAGCCUCCAGACCGAGCAGACUUUUCUCAGCCCUUUGUCAACGGCAGUGGGCUCACCUGGGGAAGUCUCUAGCACCUCGUCCUCCUCUGCCCCCCCUCCUGCUCAGGCUCCCCAGCCUACAUCUGCAGCCCCUCGUCUCCCUUCUCCACAUCCCUUUAUAGAACAAUUUCCAGCUGAGCACAUCCAGAGAAUCCAGGCAGCAGGCUUUUCUGCCAGGGAGGCUGCCGAGGCACUGGAACAAGCCCAUGGGGUUGUAGAGCUAGCUCUGCUGGCACUACUAGCCCGCAGUAUCACUGUGCCCACCUAGACUCAUAACCACUCACGCGAGUCUCCAGCCUCCCAGCUCAGCAUCUGUCCUAUUUAUACCUUGUUACUGAUCCAGAUGUCUCAGUCCCUUUUUAGCAGGGAGCACGUCUAAACACAGGGAAAUGCUGUCUCUUGGUUUGUCAUGAAGAAUAUCCAAGAAUAAACAGGACAUCUGGUCAUACUUUUUUCUGGAUAUAAAAAGAUAUGUGAGGUGUGUUUGCAUGCAGAUGUUUUGGUGCCCACCCAUUUCAUUGGUUUUUAGAGAUUUGGUAUGAUAGAUUGAUUUUUCUUCUUUAUUUGUUGUCCAACGGUGACAUAUCAAAUGCCCAAUAUAUGAACGUUUUUUGAGCCAUUCAACAUUGUUAUGAUUUUCCACUUUUGAUAUCUCAUAAAACUACUGUUAUCCAAGAGUUUAAUUUGUGGAGCAUUUGUAAAAUCUCCGAAUGGAGAAGCAUCACUGGUCCUCUCCAGGCCCAGCUCACUCUGUCUGGAGAGCUUUAGAUCAUUCAGCACAAACACAGAUAUUUGAAGCAAUUUGAUCGAUUUUAAAUAAAUAAAUAUAUAUUGACAUCAUCUUGAUUUUAUGUUUGUUGCCCCCCUUAAUUUACAAAUGAGAACCUAAUGACAGAGAAGCUACAUUGUGGGAGCUGUUUUGUAGUGUUGAUCAUUUGAUGAAGUUUACAAAUCAUUUUUACAGAUAAGUGGACGUCCCCUAAAUUUACAGCCAUCAUCACACUGAAAUAUCAAGUGAGCGACAUGUAUGUGUGUGUUGAAGUAUGAACACAGAUGGCAUUUUUCGAAUUCAGUAUGUGUAUUACACAAGGUAUCUUGUACUGUAUGUAUCAUUCUUGACAGCUUUGCCAUGUAUUGAUUGCGAAUACGCUCCUGUUCAGAAAGUCAAAUUUUGUGUCAAAUCUUCAUGGUUUGUGUUCAUACCUUUUAAAGCAUCUGUUUUCAUUUUUUGCAAUCUGUUAGAAAAUAUAGCCAUUCGUUACUGUCAAAUGUUUGUUUUUUUCCAAUACAUCACAUUAUCAUGGAUUUUAAUGGCUUUGAGUCAAAUGCCAACAAUGUUCAGGCAGAAUGAAUUAUUUACUUUUAUGAAAUUUUAAAUUGCAAAUAAAAUGGAACUAGUAUUUGUA